AUGGAGCGGCCCUGGCGAGAUCUGCCCGGGGGAGACCGGCACGGGCGACGACGGCUAGGUAAUCCGGCGACGCAGGCCGCCGCCGCCGCCCUGCAGCGAGCGCCGCCGCUCCCCUCCCGCCCCCGCUCGCUGCGCCGCACGCAGUGGCCGCCGCCGCCCCCUCCCACCCUCGCUCUCGCUGCGCCGCACGCAGUGGCCGCCGCCGCCCCCUCCCGCCCCCGCUCUCGCUGCGCCGCACGCAGUGGCCGCCGCCGCCCCCUCCCGCCCCCACUCUGCUCCGCCGCCCGGUCCCCCGUCCUCCCCAACCUCUCGUCCCGACCGACGGCGCGGGUGGUGCACGGGCCCGGCGGUGGUGCGGCCCGGCUGGAGCUGGGGUCCCUUUCCUCGGCGGCGAGCGGGGGUACGGAGCGGCGCUCAUCUGCGAGCAGGGGGCGGCGCGGCUAG